AUGCAACCAGGUCCAUACAACACCAAUGUCAUCGCCAACGUAAACUACUUCCCUGCCACCGGCAUCCCCAUCCCCAAAUCAGAAUGGAAAGUCAAAUACCUCGACGACAAAGAUGAACACACCCGUCCCAUGCUCAUCCGCGACGUAAGAAAAGCGAAGAAGACAUUCGACCUAGACAUCAACGGCUUCACAUUCGUCACUCUACCACAGAAGCAGAGAGUAGAUCGGCACAGCAGCGAAGAAGACGUAAAACGAGAAUACUACCCCGAGUUGGAAGAAGUGGUCAAGAACUUAACCGGCGCCUCAACCGUCCACGUCUUCAACCACGUAAUCCGCGCACACACCUCCCCCUCUGCAAAGGGCAUCCAAGACGCCCAAGGCAGAUGGCAAGACAUUCCCUCGGGCCACCCGCACGUCGACUACGCGGGCUCCGCGUCCGCCCUUGCCGGUACGCUUACUGAACUCUCGUUCCCACCCCACAUCAACAAGCUCUUCACAACAUCCACGCGCUACGCCUUCCUAAACUGUUGGCGGCCGCUCAAAACCGUGCGUCGAGACCCGCUGGCCGUGUGCGACGCGAAUACGGUGCCUGAUGCCGAUUAUCAGAUAUGUGUGAAGGACAAGGGCAUGAGUGGUGGUAUAUGA